CCGGCGGGGCGGCCGUUGCCCCGGAAGUGCUUCUCUCAGUCGCCGGUGCCCCGGAAGAGCAGUGCGGGGCGGGGCAGCGGCGGAAGAUGGCGGCGGAGGUCCCUCAACAGCAGCCGGAGCCGCUCGGCCCCGACGCGGACGUUCAUGGAGCUGAUCGAGCGCGUGGAGCGCGGCGUGCCCCUGCCCGAGCUGCUGGCGGCCUUCAACGAGCCCAGCACCUCGGACUACCUGGUGGUGUACCUGCGCCUGCUCACCUCGGGCUGCCUGCAGCGCCACCGCCGCUUCUUCGAGCAGUUCCUGGAGGGAGGCCGCAGCAUCAAGGAGUUCUGCCAGCAGGAGGUGGAGCCCAUGUGCAAGGAGAGCGACCACAUCCACAUCAUCGCGCUGGCGCGGGCGCUGCAGGUGCCGGUGUUGGUGGAGUACAUGGACCGGGGCGAGGGCGGUGCCACCAACCCCCACGUGUUUCCCGAGGGCUCCCAGCCGCGCGUCUGCCUCCUCUACCGCCCCGGCCACUACGACAUCCUCUACAAGUGACCGUGCCGCUCGCACGGCCUCGCACGAGGAUUCCGGCGGGGCUUUGCACGAGGCCCACGGGACCGUGCACGGUCUCCUCGUGCGGCUUCUUGCAUAAGUCUUGCCCUGUCCAGCCUCGCACGAGUCCUGUGGGGCCGUGCACGGCUCCGUCGGGUCUUGCACGAGGCCUGCAGGGUUCUGCACGGCUUCCUAGGGCUCCACAAGGUCUUUGCACGAGUCUCACGGGCCUCUGCACGGCCACACCUGGCCUUGCACGAGUCCUGCAGGGCCCUGCCGGGCCUCGCACAACCCUCCAGGGUCUCGAACAGCCUCACAAGGGCCUUGCACGAGCCCCGCAGGGCCUUGCACAGGUCCCCGUGCACCCUUGCACGGCCCUUGUGCAUCCUCCCUCCCCCUCGGUCCCAAAUAAAGAUGCGGCCCCCCCA